CAUCUCCUCACAUUCAUACUCUCACGCACACUACUCAGCUGUCCAGUCCACUAUCAUUAACCUUAAAAGGAAAAAGGAAGAAAAUGCCUUCUUCUUCCAAUACCACUAUCGUCUCAAGAUGUACUAUCUACCCAGACCAAAAAUCCUCAACCAUCAAAGCCCUAAAGCUCUCAGUCUCAGACCUCCCCAUGCUCUCUUGUCAAUACAUCCAGAAGGGUGUCCUCCUCACGUAUCCACCAUACUCCAUUAAUGACCUCAUCACAUUCCUCAAACACUCCCUCUCCGUCGCUCUUUCUCACUUCCCUGCUCUUGCUGGCCGCCUCCAAACUGACCCUACUGGCCAUGUCCAUAUUGUAUGCAACGAUGCAGGCGUUGAUUUCAUCCAAGCCAAAGCAAGACACCUCUCCAUCCACACCAUUCUUUCUCCAACCCACGUCCCUGAAUGCUUCAAAGGGUUCUUCGCAAUGGACAAGACCCUUAGUUAUUCGGGUCAUUCUAAACCUCUGGUGGCAGUUCAGGUCACUGAACUGAAAGACGGCAUAUUCAUUGGGUGCACUGUAAAUCAUGCUGUCACUGAUGGCACUUCAUUCUGGAACUUCUUCAAUACCUUCGCUGAAAUCUGCAAAGGAUCUAAAAAAAUCUCUAAAUCUCCAGACUUUUCCCGCAACACCAUGCUUAACUCACCGGCGGUGCUUAAAUUCCCCCCCGGUGGACCUAAGGUGACAUUUUCUGGCGACGAGCCAUUGCGGGAGAGAAUUUUCCAUUUUAGCAGAGAUGCAAUUCUCAAGCUCAAGUUGAGAGCUAACAACAGUAAUUUUAGGUCCAAUUCGGCAGAGAUUUUCGGAAAGCAAAGUAACGACAGUUGGAAAAUCGUUAACGGAGAAAGUAACGGGAAUAACGGUUUAAGUAACGGCGAAGUAGAUCCACUUUUCUUAAAGAACAACGAAACGGCAGAGAUUUCAUCGUUUCAGUCCCUUUGCGCGCAGCUGUGGAGAUCCGUGACACGUGCGAGGAAAUUAUCGCCCUCCAAAAUGACGACGUUUCGUAUGGCUGUGAAUUGCCGCCACCGGCUGGAGCCGCGGUUGGACCCGUAUUACUUUGGCAACGCGAUUCAGAGCAUCCCAACCGUUGCUUUGGCUGGAAAGCUUUUAUCUAAGGAUCUGAGCUUUGGAGCUGAUUUGCUGCACAAAAACGUCGUCGCCCAUGUUGAUGGUACGGUGCGGAAAGGUAUAGCAAAUUGGGAAAAGGAGCCGCGGUUAUUUCCGUUGGGGAAUCUUGAUGGUGCAUCAAUCACCAUGGGAAGUUCUCCAAGAUUCCCUAUGUAUGAUAACGAUUUUGGGUGGGGCCGACCUUUGGCUGUGAGGAGUGGUAGGGCCAAUAAAUUUGAUGGGAAGAUAUCAGCUUUUCCUGGGAGAGAUGGAAAUGGGAGCGUUGAUCUUGAGGUUGUUUUGUCACCUGACACAAUGACUGGUCUUGAAAACGAUGAUGAGUUUAUGCAAUAUGUUUCAGAAAUUGUGUGAGUGGUUUACACUAUAGUGAAAGCUCUGGUUCAUUGCUUGAAGAAAAGAAAUGAAGAAAUAAAAAUCACAAUCGUUUUGGGGUA